UGUCUGAAUUCAUCGAUCCGUUAUAUUUUCUUCCAUCCUUUUCCUAAAUACUCUGAAGAAAAUGUCUUCUGGCUGUAAGUGUGGCUCAAACUGCAGCUGUGGCGAUGACUGCAAAUGUGGCAAGAAGUACCCUGACCUUGGUUUCUCAAAGGACACCAGUAGCACUAUGACUAUCGUUGCUGGGUUUGCACCAGUGAAGAUAUAUUAUGAAGGGUCUGGGUCUGAGAGCUUUGAAGCAGGAACCUGCAAGUGCUGCAACAGCCACCCAUGCAAGUGCGGCAAAUGAACAAAAAGGUGAAAAGUCCCAAUAAAGCAUCAGUGGUCGUCGAUGUUUUGUCUAUAUAUAAGAUAAGAGGAAAAUGGGGUGCAUAUUUGGGUCCCAUGUAAUCGUAAAAUAAGACAGCCAUUGUCUCUGCAAAUUGAAGUUUGUUUUAUUUG